AUGAAAUCCAUGCCCAACCUGCGCUUCACGCAAUCCGAUCUGCCCCACCAGCUGGACCACUUCUUGACACCAGCAGAACCAUCCGCUGCGAUUGAUGUGCCAUCCGCUGCGGAGGAUGUCGUUGUCGUGGAUGCAACUGCGAUGACAGAUGUAGCAACCUCCACCGUGACGGAGCUUAACGCACCAUUGGUGGGUACAACAAACGCCGUGUUGACAGUGGUGGAUGCAACAACUUCCACAACAUUGACGGGGAUUAGUUCAGCAUCUGCAGAUACAGCAAGUGCUGUGUCGAAAACUGCGGAUAUAGGAACUUCCACAGCGUUGACGCAGAUAAGUACAACACCCUUGGAUACAACAACUUCAAUUUUGACAACUGCAGAUGCAGCAUCUUCUACAUUAACGGUAGUGGAGGUUAGCACAGCACCUGCAGAUACAACAAGUUCCUCGUUGACCACUUUUGAUGCGGCAUCUUCCGCUACACUGGUUGCGGUGAGCACAUCCCUGGCAGAGACUCAAACAUCCACGAUGUUGACAUCUGUGAAUGCAGAAACCUCCACUACGAUAGAAGUUUCAACUACUUCGGACACAGGACCUCGCGUCGCGAGUGGCGUUGUGCGGAAAUGGCCGCUGCGGCUCCCGGACGAGGAACCGCCGGUGGAGGAGUUCACCCCGGUCUUCAUCGAGGAAGAACUAAUGGCUCGCAAGGACUUCCGCGUGAACGAGCUGCGGAACAUGAGUUGGACCGUGGAGGAUCCCAAAAAGGCGGUGUUUUAUAUGGUAUGCUGUGGACCCAUCGAGCGGAUUCUUCUCUUACCGCCGCGCACGCCUGAACGGCCCUACAUCUGCUAUGACUGUGAUGCAAUCCUGCAAAUCAAUCGCUUGGCAGGGCCCGAUUGCACCAAGGACAUCACGCACAAAAUCUGCCACAAGUUGCUGCAGCUGCUGGAGAGGCGCGACAUGAUGUUCUCGAGCAGCGAUUUGCGCUGGUGGAACGUACGGAAUGACACGGCGCUGCAGCUGCCGGGCAUCACCCACGCGCACCACCUGCCAUCGCCGGACAUGCUGCUGCGGAACAAGGUGAAGCGCUCGCAGCCGCCGCACUACUUUCUGACCUUUCAGGGGGCGCGCAAUGUUGGGAUGGAAGGUACAUCUUUCGUAAGGCUCAACUUGGAGGCCAAGAUGAACAGCUCCAUCAAGCCGCCCAAGGGCAUGCGCGGUGCUCAGGGCGAGUGGUAUCCUUUACCGGAGAAGAACUGGACACCACCAGAGGAUGUCGUGAUCAACAUCGCACCUGACAACUGUUUCAAGACCAAGAAGCCCUAUUGGCAACUUUUUGAUUCCGUGUACAGCCUAGUGCUGCAUGGCCAUGGCCGUUGGAGCUAUCGCUUGAUGGAAGCUCUUUGCGGCGAAGCCAUUCCAGUGGUGAUGGCGGAGGGCUGGGAAUUGCCAUUUAGCGAACUCAUUGACUGGGACCAGCUCACAGUGCAGAGGCCUGAAUCCAUGGGCUUUGAUCCUGCGGGCCUUGUGGAGAGUUUGCCACGAGACCCCGCGGUCAUCGAAGCCACACGGCAAAACGUGCAAGAGGUCUACCAGAGAUUGAUGUCCACCCAACAGCAGCGCCUCACUUCCCUCCUGCGCUCCGCUGCCCUUUGGAAGCGCAACUGGCGGGAGCGUGAGCGCAGCACGCUGCGAAUGGUGGUGGACCAGACGCGGGAACGCCAGCGGGCUGCGAAUGCCGCGCAGAUCAAUGAUUACUACAAGGAGCUGGUGAAAGGCAAAGACGGUGCUCCUGUGUCUCGCGAAGAGUUCUGUGAGUGGAUCCUGAAGGGCGGGGGUGUUGCAGCCUCGGUCUACAAAGCCCUCAUGAAAGAGACCAGUGACGUCCUUGCCACCAGUGUGAGGGAGGUCUUUGCUCGCUUCGAUCAGAGCGGCGAUGGUAAGCUGGACAUGAGGGAACUGUGGAGGGUCUUCAAGAGCCUGGAUGGACAGCUGCGACUACAGGACCUCGCCGUUCUCAGCCAAGAGCUGGACACGGGAGGAGACGGUUCGGUUUCCGUGAAGGAGUUCCUCCACUGGCUGCGAAACAGUGGCUCCGCCCGCGCGACUGCGCUGGCCCGCGUGAUCGUGAAAGAGACAGGAAAGGCGCGAGAAGCUCGAAUUCGGAACGCCUUUCGGCGCUACGAUGCCACUGGGGACGGGGUGUUGGACGUGGCUGAGCUGGCCAGCGCGCUGAAGGUUCUGGGUAGCUUUUCUUCGGAUGAGAUCAAGCGUGUGAGUACUGAUCUGGAUCGGAGCGGCGAUGGCACGGUCUCCUUUGAGGAGUUCUCGACGUGGAUCAAGUGUGGCAAGGGCGAUGGUUCUGUCUUGAAAGCCAAAUCCAUCCUGGCACCAUCUGACGGCGACGGGAUGGAAGCUGUGUUUUACAACUUCUGCGGCCCCGGUCAAGCUGACAUGGAUGGCUCGAACUUUCGAAGGCUGUGCAAGGACUGUGACAUCUUGGGCACUUCGAUUGACGGGGUAACAGUGGAUCUCAUCUUUUCAGACACUCGGGUCAAGGAUCAUUCCUCGCGGAACAUCGACUUCCUUCAGUUCGAGUUUGCGCUGGAACUAUUGUCAGAGAAGAAGGGCGUCACCCUUCGGCAGCUGCGCACGCAGGUUCUAGUGCAGGGCGCUCCCAAGAAGUUGACUGGGAAGGAGGCCCAACGUGGAGAGGAACCGAGGCGUCCGAGCUUUUCGGGCCAAAGCCACCCGCAGUUAGGCGGCUCUCAGCGGAAGCCGAAGAAGAGUAGCAGCCAGAAGCGGGUCGCAGCCCUUUUGAAAAGGACCCACGAGAUUCCCGGGGAGGAAUCCUGGCGAAGGGACGUGGACAACAGCAAACUGUGGAAAGUCUUCGGACUCCACACGGCGGCAGGGCGAAAUCUCAAGAAGUUGUACCAGCCGCCCUACGUGCCUCGCGUACGAAGCUCUGGGUCCUUGGCACCUGCAGGUGCGAGCUGCCAAGAGAACUCCUGGACUAGUCCCUUCGAGCAGGCUGUGUCGCGAGGCUUCAAGGAUCACCCCACCAAGGGCCGGAACAGGGUUCGCCCCAGUGCUCCCAUGCUAGCAUGGUGA